GCAACAAGAAAAAAAGGAUGCUUGGCUUUUAGCAUGUAGCUAAGUAGCUAACUGAAAGUUUUCCAGCUUUUCGGGGAUUUAAGCAGUCGAUAUUUGUGAAUUAAUCAAUAAUAAUCAUAUAAUGUUUUAUUUUAAAUCUAGAUAAGCGCACCAUGCCUUCGGUGGCGAAAUGAACCUCCGUUUUUUCCCUAUAUUUGUGGUUUUAUGUGCUCGUUUACUUCACGCAGCCACGGAGCUUGGGCUGACUUCAGCUGUGAGUAACACUCCGGCAAAUGUGGAGCCUCUCAACACAGGAACUCCAGCUCCGGCUGGAACCACGGAGUCCGUUACUGCGGGGCUGACGGAGGGAGUGUCCCGGUAUCCCACUCCAGACUCCACGGUGACGUCCACGAUCUCCGUGUCUGAGUCUGCAUCAGUGUUCACCGAGGCUCCAACUGCAACCACCGUCCAGACCACAACUCCGCCUUCACAGGGCUGUCUUUGUGAUCUGACGACGGAUUUCUGUGACAUUGGUUGCUGCUGUGACACCACAGAUUGUGGCGUUGCCAACUUGAGCUCCGUCUUCCGUGGAUGCCCACAAGCAGUCAUCCCAGGAGUCUGUAUUGAGAAAUGGCUCAUGUUCAAAGCCAAUGUGGAUUCUCGUCUCGUCACCGUGACCGACUCCUUGUUCUGUGUCCAAAAUGACACAGAUGUUCCUCCCAAGUCUCUCCCAGCAGUAACUGAACGUCCAGUUUUAGGAGACUCCUUCCACUUCUCAGCUCCAGGACAAACGUUCAUCAAGCAUGAAAGAGAUUUUUACCGGGUUGAUGAUGUAAUCCAGACGUAUUUCCUGAACUCUUCUGUACGAAGCGUCCUCCGUCAGCCUUCUGCGGGGACGGCGGUGGCUCUCUGCAUCAACCGCAACCCUGCAAAGUUUUUGAGGUCUGCCUCCUCUUCUUGCUCCCGUUUGGUGACUCCGGACUCGUGCUCCACAGAUCCGAAUCUCAGCUCCCGCUCGUACUUCUCAGACCUAAAUCUGAUCAAGAUUCCUGUAGCGGAGAGUGUGGUCCCGAUGCCAGAGAUUCUGAUCCCUGUAGUUCCACAGGCUGACUGGCCUGCACCGACCAAACAGAACAAUUCCUGUACAAAUGUGGUGAGAAAGGUGACGUUUGUCAUCGGCUACACAGGAAGCGGUGAAAUCGAGUAUGCAUCAGUGAGCGUGGACGUGGUGGAUGUGGGUCUGGAUCAGCUCUUCCUGCAGACCCACUCUGUUCAUUUCCAGCUGGCCACACCGAGCCCGACCUCCGGGAGGACGAAACCAGCUGUGGGACUUAAAGUUGGAUCUACUGUCAACGGUCGCUUUAAUGGAGUCGUCCAGUCUGUUACGUCUCUUGGGCUUUCAACAGACGGGGAGUGUUCCUCCGACCUCAGCGGAAGAAUGCCCGUCCUGUUCACUCACAACACCAUCAGUGGAUGCAAAUUCAUUUCCCCCGCAAAUAAUUGCUCCCAGCUGCGAUCACAAAUGUACCAGAUCCUUCAAGGAUCCGCUGCCCCUGAUGUGAUUGCUAUGAACUCCGGCUCCCAGCCGGACUGGACGAGGGUGGUUGUGCAGGAGUGUCCCGCCAGCUCAGAGGAAUCCUGUGAAUUGGGAUGUAUCCUCCCCAACUCUCUGUCUAUCCAAGUGCUGUGGGCUCGCCAGGGUCUCCUGGACCUCCCCCAGAACUACAUCCUGGGAGCUAAAUACAUGUUCCAGUGUCAAACUGUUAAGUGUCCCGUGUCAUCUCUCACCCUGACGACCAAAGUCACGUUCACUGAAACCACAGUCUACCCAGAAGCCCCGAGAGGGUUGCCUCAGCCUCACUGGAAGUUUCCGUUUGACUUUUUCGGCAGAGGCUCAGCUGAGCUGGAUGGACACUUUGUUAGUGGAGGAAGCAGCAGCUGGAAAGAAGUCAAGAGUUUAAUUCUAUUGACAGUCAUGCUGCUAACAGGACUCGGAUUUUACAGCAGGUAGCAGCAGAGGAUGACACGUUUAAUGAAGAUUAUCUACUGAAAAUGUUUCAUAAAAUGUACAACAAUUAAAUACAUAUAUUUUUUAAAACUAC